UUGGGCAUGUGGCCGAUAAAGUGGAAUUCGGGUGCCACAGGUACUAAAAGAAAAGAAAAAGACGGUCAGAAAGACAAUGAUGGGGAUAAAGGAAGUAAGAGGGAAAGAAAAUUCCACAAGAAAUGGCUAGAUGAUUGGAAAUGGCUGAUCUAUGAUGGAUAUAUGAUGUUUUGUAAAGUUUGCAUCUCUUACGAGGAAUCGGGGAAAGGUCGGUCAAAAUAUCCAAUAAAUUUUGUGAAAGGUUCAAAUAACUUUAGAACUAGCGCUUUAUUAGAUCAUGAGAAGUCGACUUUUCACAAAGAUGCAACGGAUUUUGAGACCACGAAAACGAAUCCAAAGGAGGCACCAGCUAGAAGAUCCAGGACAUUCUAACUGUUAUGGACUUACUGCGUACACUCCCUGCCACUUCUGUUGUCAAUGAGGCCUCCUUCAACCAGAUGAAAAUGACCAAGACAAACAGGAGACAGCGUUUGAGUAACAAGCACCUUGAUGAUUGCAUGGUUAUUCAGCUGGAGUCGAGUGAUAUUUUGAACUUUGAUCCAACAGAAGCAAUUAAUAAAUGGAUGACAUCAAGUAAGCAGCCAAGAAGAUUGACCUACGCUAGAUCUACUUGCAACAAGAACAGCGAACAACAAGACGAAGACAUUAUGAUUCAGGAAGUGACACAGGAUGAGGAACCUAGGAAUACAACAGUUGCUGAAUCGGACCCUGAGACUGCAGAUGACUGUGACUACGAGACGGACUGUGACUCUGACAACGAACAGACAGAAGACUUUAAUGACAGAGCAAUUGAACAAACUGUGCAUGAAAUGGAAAUAGAAAUAAAUUAUUAGUCCGAUCUA